AUAAAAAUGUUUAAAAAUACGUACCAAAGUGGUUUUCUUUCUAUUAUGUAUAGUGUAGGUUCACAUCCUUUGGCAAUUUGGGAUAAAUCGGUAAAGAAUGGCCAUAUACGCAGAAUUACUGACGAAGAUGUACGGUCAUUAGUAAUUGAAAUAAUGGGUACAAAUGUUGUCACAACGUAUAUAACAUGUCCAGCAAAUCCACGACAAACACUUGGAAUAAAAUUGCCAUUUUUAGUUAUGAUUGUUAAAAAUAUGAAAAAAUAUUUUACAUUCGAAAUCCAAAUAUUAGAUGACAAGGAUAUGCAUCGACGAUUUCGAGUGUCAAAUUUUCAAUCAAAAACAAGUGUUCGACCGUUUUGUACAACAAUGCCCAUCGGUUUAAGCCCUGGAUGGAAUCAAAUACAAUUUAAUUUAUCUGAUUUUACUAAACGAGCUUACGGGACCAACUAUUUAGAAACAACACGUGUACAAAUUCAUGCAAAUGUUCGAAUUCGUCGCAUAUAUUUUUCAGAUCGUUUAUACCAUGAAGAUGAAAUGCCACAAGAAUUUAAACUAUACUUACCAUUAAGUGCAAGCAAGAAAAAACAACAAAAAGAUCUCAAUAAAAAAGAGAGUAAAACUGCAAAAAACAAAGUACCAGGUAUUGCAGAAAAAGAACCCAUUGUAACAGGAGCCGUUCCUCCGUCAACUACUGAAACGAAUAUUGCCGCAGCAGAAACUCCACAAAAAGACGAGUUAACAAUGAAUGAAGGUGAGGUACCACUAUCUGAAUUUGGAUUGACUGAAGACGAAGCAGAAAUACUAGACAAUGAAACGGAAGAAGAUUAUAAAAAUGUAGUACCCCCUGCAUCAUUUGCCGGUGAUAUAGAGGAAACAGAUUUUGAAGGCAUAGAAUUUGAUGAAUUAGAAGUGGAAAAUGAAGAAGGAGCAACUGAAUAG